GAGAAGAAGUAGAAUUAUGAGAUAGGGUGUGUGGUGUGGGAAAGCGAAGGGAGGCUGAAUCGAAGCUCAGUCCACGUGGCAGCCUCUAGAAGGCAUGCCGAGAUCGCGCGAAAUACCGACCUCUUAUCCAUUAAUUAAUCUCUCUCACUAAAACUACUCUGUUUUCCUUUCUCUCUCUCCUGGGCCCGACCCGUUUUCUGCCAUGUCCGCCAUUGCUACUGCUGCUGCUCUUUCUCUUCCCAUCUCCCUUUCUCGAUCCAACAACUUUCACGCCAGAAAGUGUCUCAGGGGAGGGGUUGGGGUAUUUGCUAUCAUUGGAGAGGAAGGUGGGCUGGUUGAGAGGAAAAGCCCUUGGACUUCACUCUUUGAUGUGGAAGAUCCGCGGUUGAAGGUCCCUCAGUAUAAAGGCAAGUUUCUCGACGUGAAUCAAGCUCUAGAGGUGGCUAGAUAUGACAUACAAUACUGCGAUUGGAAAGCCAGACAAGACGUUCUCACAAUCAUGCUUCUGCAUGAAAAGGUUGUGGAAGUAUUAAACCCUCUUGCGCGGGAAUUCAAAUCUAUUGGAACUCUUCGGAAAGAACUAGCAGAGUUGCAGGAGGCACUGGCACAAGCCCACAACCAGGUACAUAUAUCAGAAGCAAGGGUGUCCACUGCUUUAGACAAACUAGCCUACAUGGAAACGCUGGUUACUGAUAAAAUUUUGCAAGAUAGAAACACGACGGGAUCCGAAUUGUUACUCCCUACUCCAAGCACUUCUUCCUCUCCAUCUCUUGCACCUGCGAAGAGCAGGCAGCCCAAGAGAAGCAUUAAUGUGUCUGGUCCCGUCCAACCUUACAACGAUCACCUGAAAAACUUCUGGUAUCCCGUUGCUUUUUCUGCAGGCCUCAAGGAUGACACUAUGAUGCCAAUUGAUUGCUUUGAAGAACCUUGGGUUCUUUUCCGCGGAAAGGAUGGCAAACCAGGGUGUGUUCAGAAUACUUGUGCUCACAGGGCCUGCCCGCUCCAUUUAGGUUCGAUUAAUGAGGGCCGUAUACAGUGUCCUUAUCAUGGAUGGGAAUACUCUACUGAUGGAAAGUGUGAGAAAAUGCCCUCUACGAAGUUCCUCAACGUGAAGAUCAAGGCACUGCCAUGCUUCGAGCAAGAGGGAAUGAUCUGGAUUUGGCCAGGGAAUGAUCCUCCAACAGCAAACCUUCCUUCGCUAUUACCACCUUCGGGAUUUCAAAUACAUGCUGAGAUUGUUAUGGAACUUCCUGUGGAACAUGGGCUCCUACUAGACAACCUUUUGGAUCUUGCACAUGCUCCUUUUACUCAUACUUCGACGUUUGCUAAGGGAUGGAGUGUUCCGAGCUUGGUGAAAUUUUUGACACCGGCAUCUAGUCUGCAAGGUUACUGGGAUCCGUAUCCCAUAGAUAUGGAAUUCCGACCACCUUGCAUGGUGCUAUCAACGAUUGGGAUCUCCAAGCCUGGGAAAUUAGAAGGGCAGAGCGCAAGAGAGUGCUCGACUCAUCUUCACCAACUUCACGUCUGCUUACCUUCUUCUAGACAGAAGACGAGGCUGUUGUACAGAAUGUCACUCGACUUUGCUCCUAUUCUGAAACACGUUCCUUUCAUGCAACACCUGUGGAGACAUUUUGCUGACAAGGUUCUGAAUGAGGAUCUGCGGCUCGUACUUGGUCAACAGGAGCGCAUGAUCAACGGUGCAAAUGUUUGGAACUUGCCAGUGUCCUAUGACAAGCUGGGAGUAAGGUAUAGGCUAUGGAGGGAUUCAGUCGAACGAGGAUCGAAAGAGAUACAGUCACAAUACAACUUUCUUGACCAAUAGACUUACUUGGUUUUCUCCCAUUGAUUGCUCCUUCUUCAACCAUCAGCAGCCAUUGGUAUUCAAGAGCUUUGCCUGUGGAAUUCUACAAAAAAUUAUCAGAGUUGAAAAUCGGAUGAUGGUCUAAACACCACAGCCUUAGUUACAAUAACAGAAAUCACAGCCUUUGCAUUUUUAUAGAUUUUUGUCCUUUGUACAGUUUUUGAAAUAAAUAUUCCCCUCCUAAUUUUUUGGGUUCAAACAGUGACAGAAAUCCCACUGUGUCACUGAUUUUUUUCAGCUUUGCCUUGUCACAGGAAAUGUCAGUUGUAUCAUAUGCUGGAAUUGUGUUUAAUAUAGUUUGAGAUUUACAAUAUGAAGAAAUGAAUCAUUCUCUUCUCA